GCGAAGGGAGGAGAAGGGAGCGCGGCGGCGGCGGCGGCGGCGGCAGCUGUCACAGUAUCUUCUCCAGCGGCGGAAGGUUGCCAAGCUGAGGUGGCCGCACUACAGAGAGAGCGCCGCUGCCGAGACCGUGGAGAGAGGAAACGGGAGGUGGUGCUGAGGGGGGAGAGAGAGAGCGAGCGAGAGAGAGCCAGACGUCGAGCUUCUUCUCCCUCUGACAGAAGCGAGAGCGAGCGGGAGAGGCAGAGAGAGAGAGAGAGAGGCUGCCUCUCGGAGCCACGCAGUGUAUGAAGAAGGAGCCCGCCUCGGAGCCCUCCGCGAAAGAGGGAGGCGGCGGGAAGGGCGACGGCGGCGACGGCCAGGCAGGAUGCUGCAAUUGGGCAAGGUCAGGACCUUGCACUGAAGAAGCCCGCGGGGCGCCGCAGCCACCUCCCUCCUCCCCGCCUUGAGGAUUUGCCUUUUGUUGUUGGUAUAUGCUCGGGAAACAGCAAGCAGGGGCGACGGCGUUGGGAGCUAUGCCUGUUCCAGACCAGCCAUCGUCUUCUGACAAGACAAGUUCCCUUAGCCCUGUCCUGAAUACAUCUAACGGAGAUGGAUCUGAAACAGAGACCACAUCUGCCAUUCUGGCAUCAGUCAAAGAACAAGAGUUACAGUUUGAAAGGCUUACCCGAGAACUUGAGGCUGAACGCCAGAUUGUCGCCAGCCAGCUGGAGAGAUGUAAACUGGGAUCUGAGACCGGAAGCAUGAACAGCAUUAGUUCAACUGAAGAACAGUUUCACUGGCAAACACAAGAUGGUCAGAAGGAUAUAGAAGAUGAGCUCACAACAGGUCUUGAACUUGUUGACUCCUGUAUUAGAUCUCUGCAAGAGUCUGGAAUACUUGAUCCACAGGACUAUUCAACUACCGAAAGGCCCAACCUUCUAUCCCAGAGUGCACUUCAGCUCAAUUCCAAACCCGAAGGGUCUUUCCAGUAUCCAUCUAGCUACCAUAGCAACCAGACCCUUGCCCUCGGUGAUUCAGCAGCCUCACAGCUUCCAGCCCGCAGCAGUCAAGCCAGAGCUGCGAUACAGAACUAUAGCCAGGCCACCGCCGGCCGGACAGCCCACCUCGCCGGCUCGGAGCCGCCGCCGCCGCCGCCUCCUCCGCUGUCUCAGCCGCUGCCCCGGGAGUCGUUCGCGCCGAGCCAUGGCAGCGCCUUCCACUUGCCGGACUCGUGCUCGUCGGCCUCUGCGUCCCAGGCGCAGCAGCCGCACUCGCCGGCCCUCUACUACUCCAGCUCCACGCUGCCGGCGCAGCGGGUGAGCUCGCCCUUGUCCAUGCAGCAGGUGGGCUCGCCCACCAAGCUCCAGCGGGCCGGCUCCGCCUCCGAGAGCGCCGCCGCCUCGGGCUACAGCACCACGCAGCGCGUCUCCUCCCCGAAGCAGUCGCCCAGCCGCCUGGCCAAGUCCUACAGCACCAGCUCGCCCAUCAACAUCGUCGUGUCGUCGUCGGGCCUCUCGCCCUCGCCCAUCCGGGUCACGUCGCCGCCCACCAUCCCCUCCAACAUCUCCUCGUCGCCCAUCCACCAGCUCAGCUCCACCAUCGGCACCUACGCCACGCUGUCGCCCACCAAGAGGCUGGUGCACCCCUCCGAGCAGUACGGCAAGCACUCGCAGGAGCUCUAUGCCACCGCCACCCUGCAGAGACCCGGCAGCCUCGCAGCUGGAUCCCGGGCUUCUUACACCAGCCAGCAUAGCCACCUGGGCUCCGAGCUAAGGGCACUACAGUCUCCAGAGCAUCACAUAGAUCCUAUUUAUGAAGACAGAGUAUAUCAGAAGCCCCCUAUGAGGAGUCUCAGCCAGAGUCAAGGGGACCCUCUUCAACCAGCACAUACAGGCACAUAUCGCACUAGCACAGCCCCAUCUUCCCCUGGUGUCGACUCCGUACCCUUACAGCGCACAGGCAGUCAACACGGCUCACAGAACGCAACAGCGACCUUCCAGAGGGCCAGCUAUGCAGCCGGCCCAGCCUCCAAUUACGCAGACCCCUACCGACAGCUGCAGUAUUGUCCUUCUGUUGAAUCACCAUACAGCAAAUCUGGACCAGCCAUCCCACCUGAGGGAACCUUGGCUAGGUCACCUUCAAUUGAUAGCAUUCAGAAAGAUCCCAGGUGGGUAAAACCUUACUUCUAUCUACAGCUGUAUGAAGUCAUAAAGAGGUUUGCAGUGGCAACCGGUUUCAUAUUUUGCAAGUGUGUUGUGUUGUGUUGUUUUAUUUAA